AUGUCGUCCCUGGUCGCCUUGGCUGCUGCUUGCAAGUCGCACGACAUCGUCAAGAGCCCCCAGGUUCCAUUGAGCCCGCAAAAGAUACUGGAGAUUCAGGAACUACUCGCGCUUUCAGAGCGCCAUCACACGGCUUCCCUCCGGCACAUACAAGCGACCAUGCAGAACCCGGACUCCUACGAUGAAAUUCUCGCCAACGCGGCAUUGAUGGUCUUAUACGCUUCCGCAAGUCACUCCAUCCGAGUACAUCUCGCGACCACUGCAAAGCGGAGUGGGCAACGGCUACCACACGAGAUAUUGCCUCAGAACUCACAAUGGAUAUCGUUCACGCGUGCAGCCCAUAUGGCGUCUAGUGCUGUUCUAAACGACAUUGUCGAUUCCGCGCACAAUAGAUGGAAGACAAGCAGCAACCCGAUUAUGAAUACAGGACCGGAGAUACCGAGAGCGGGCUUGUGUAGCUCAGAUGUCUUAUCGCCGCAGGACGGCCCUUCCGAGAACACAAAGCGUUUGUUCCUUCCCCUAGUUGCAUCUACAUACAGUCGGGCGCUUGAGGGGCUACGCAAGAGGGUCGAGUCCACCGUGGCUCUAUUGAAAGAAUCAGAGCUGGACCCUAGCUCUCACUCACAGCUCGAAGCAUCCCUGGAAACCAUGACUAUACUGGAAAAAUGUGCAUAUUCGGCCCUAUCAUCGAGAGAGAAUGAUGAAAACAUUCUCGCAAACCAGCCCUUAUCGAUUGACCAACUCACCCGGGUCUCACCCUGGGUAGCAAAAUACAUGAUCAGCGUUACAUCAAUGGAGUCGCCACAGGUACUCCGACGGAUCAUCAUGUCAUUUCUGAAUAAAGUGGCGGCCGAGUAUCUCAAUCUCGUCCAGUCGGUCCUGGAUUCGCCUUACAUCGAAGGUAGAGCUGACAGCUGGAUGACACGAGACUCGGAGUCACCAGGGAGCGAGGUGCCGACCCUCAGUGCGACGCACUUACUAGCCAUGGACAUCUUUGCUCAUUGGUUGGUUCUGGUCAUGUUGUUGGAUGGAGUGUGGUGGAUUGGCGACAUUGGGCAGUGGGAGCUAAGCCAGAUCAUGUCAUUGAUGAAGGCUCAGAAUCCGCUGGGCCAGUCGGCUGAUACUGGUGAAACGUGGUGGCCUGAGACUAUGUACAUGAUUAAGCGGGAGCUUACUCCUAAUGGUCGGUAUUGA